UCUGCAGCACCAGCUGAAAACAAACAAAAGGCUCCAGACGCAGCAGCAGAGGCCCCAAAGGAGCACGUGGCUGCACCUGCACUUGUGUUAAAGGAUGCAGCAGUACCUGAAAGUCAUUUUAACUUGUGUCCAGAUGGCUGGUUCGGCCACAACUCUCGCUGCUUCUUGUUCGUCAAUACUCCCAUGACCUGGUACAGUGCUGAGGAGCACUGCAACAACCGGGGGGCCAACCUGGCCUCAGCCACCAAUGCCAGAGAGUACAGCUUCCUCCAGCAGCUCACACACACAGCUGGUCAGAGCAUUGCAUGGCUGGGAGGCUUCAACCUGCAGGACAAGUGGAUGUGGAUUGACCGUGAAGGCUUCUACUACACCAACUGGUACUCCGCCUCCUCCUCCAGCAGCUACCCCUGCAUUUACUUACGCUCCACCAAUGGUUGGGGUAACACCCGGUGUGACACUGCUUAUCGCUUCAUCUGCUCCAAGAAUCCAUUCAGCUGUUGAUAGCUACUAAAUUUUUUUUGCUGUUCAAGGCCAACUUAUAAACUUUGUGUGUGUCCAUUGUGCAUUCUAAAUUCUACUGAUCAGUAAUGUUUGUAUCAAAACAUUUCUGUUUAUG